AUGUUCUUGUCUGCAGAUGUCCCAUUGAAACAGGAUGUCCAAGGAGGCAUUCUGCAUCCAGCCCAUCGUCAGGACUCACUCAGAAAUCAAGACAAUGUUUUAGUACCAAUUCAUCCUCCACUGAUUAUAAACCUCAGUGAUGAAGAGGAUGAUGAAGAGGAUGAUGAAGAUGAUGAUGACGAGGAUGACAACUAUGUUUCUACCUGGAUGCCUAAGACUGUUAUAGAUAUUGAAGAGGAAAGAGCAAUUAGGGAUAUAUGCUAUAAAUCUGGAGAGUAUUAUGGGAUUCAGAACCCUUAUAAACACCAAUCAACAAAAACUGUGUCUUCACCAUGGCAAGAUGAGUUAUUACCCUUGGAAACUACUGAGCAAAACUUGCAGAAAGGUGAUGGCAACACGAUUCCUAUAAGAUUUAAUAAUACAAGAAAAGAAAAGGAGAGUUCAGAAAGAAGAGUAUCAAUAGAGAGUAUUCCCAGAACAGACCUUAAAUCCUUUGACAGUGGAGGAGGUGGUGGUUCUGUGAUACAGAGGAGCACAUUUAUUGAUGGAAACAGAUUUGAGGCACUACCUAGGGAUAAAGAACCAAUUAUAUCGAAGUAUUCCAAUGUGAAAGAAACAAACUACACUGAACUGGUAAAGAACCACCACUUUAAGGAAGUAAAGGAAAAUAAAAGGAUUUCUGAGGAGCGAAGAAAUUCUACUAGUGCAGUAACUGGCAAAGGAAUUCACACUCCAGACCCCAAAGGAAAACCAGGUUAUCAACAAAGGGGUCAAAGUAAGGACGAUGAAACUGCUUCUUCCAGUCCAUAUGGGAGAGACACUGGAAGAUACAAUCAUUUAAAUUCUCCAGAACCUCGACGAUCAGCUUAUGUCGUCUACCGGACUGUCACUCAAAAACCAAAAUUCAAUGGACCUACAGCAACACCUGAGUCCUAUGGUCAGAAAGGCUCCAAACAAAAGAAUCAGCCUGACGCCAAUAGGAGAUUUUGGACACAAACAGAAAACUAUGGCAAAUAUACUUCAGGAUCUUCUAAUUCACCAGCUUGGAGGAAAAGAAAUCCACAAGCAAAACCAUUCUCUAAAUUUAAAAUAACCACUCAGCAGAGUAAAGAAGACAUGGAAGUGAAUAAAAAAGGAGAAAAAGAAACCUGUAAAGGGAAAUAAGGAAAUGAUCAACUCGGAUGUGAUAGACGAUGAAGAAAGAUGAAGAAACUGCAAAUUCCAAAAAGAAGGUGCAGGAAGGAAGCACACUAUAGUGUUUCAAAACUGGUUAAAAAUUCUUAAAAGUAUGCUCUGCAUGGUGACAUAUAAAGAUCUAUAUCCACUAUGUUUAAUCUACUAUAAAAUUUUGGCACUUGACGUUAUUUUUACAGACUACGGCUCUACACCAUAGACUGAUAGUUCAUAGAGAAAAAAAUUCUUAAACAGAUCCUUCCCCUAUUUUAUUUGAUAGAUUUUUAAGGCAUAAUUCCUAAUAUGAAUAAAUACUAUUAGUUGUACUUAGCAGUUUCAGAGGACUUUUAAUGUAAAAAGCAAUAGUGUAAUGCAUUCUAGAAUGUGGUUUCCUGGUACAAAAGCCAGAUUCCUACAUGGUUUAUCUGCUUUGCCACGUGUUUGGGGACUCACUCUGAAUUUGGUCUUGAGAUUUUGCAAUUUUAAUGGAGGAGCAGUUCAUAACUGUGUUAUGAACUAAAGAAAUUCACAAGAAAACUCAGAAUUAACUGAGAUAUGUAUUUAAAUUCAUUUCAAACUGAAAUUUGAAGAGUUGUAUAAAGACUGGUAAGAAGGAUACUUUAAUAUUCCUUUCUGGGGAAGCAAGCCUCUUAGUGAAGUGUUACAUAUACAUGACUUCGUACCUUUUUCUCAGAUGUUUUUUCAGUUUUUUGCAUUUACCUGACCUUUGGCCAUUCUUAGAACUCAAUCAAUUUUUGUAGAGAGCCCUUCAAACUUCUUUCUGUAACAGUAGGAUCCAGUUAUUGUCUUGGUGGCACAUGUAACUGUGAGAAUGAAAACAUUUUAUCACCUUGGAGCCUUUUCUUCUGUGACUGCUUAGAACAUGAGGCUGGAUCAGAUACCUUCUAGGGUACUUCUAGCUGAAAUAAUUCUACUGUUCUAUGAGAAAUAUGGUUGUAUGUUUCUCUGCCCUACUUGAUUAUCUCAAUAGUGGUGUAAUUUUUAUUUUCUUUUGAAAUUGAAUUUUUAAUCAUUUAAGUUAGAACAUGCUGUACUGAUUAUAGACAUGUAUGCAGUUAUGCAUCACUGUUCUUAACUAAGAGAGGACUAGAAAAACCUAGAGGAUUUGGUUUAGCUAAGUAAUAAUGUACAAAACAAGAAGCAUCUUUUUAAAAUCAAAUACUAGGUGUGUUGGAAAUGUUCCUUCCACCUCUGAUUAGACAUUGGUGUUUCAAAUUGUAGCACAUGAUGCUUUGAAGCAACAUUUCACAUGUUGUCUGCCUGAGGCGAUUUAUAAUCUCAAUUCAGAGAGCUCUUGUGUCAAGUUAUUUCUUAAUAUCUUGAUAAAGCCUUUUAAUUCCCUUUUUUUUUCACACAAAAGUAAUAGAAAUGUUACAUUUCCUAUUUGUCUGGUGUCUCCACAAUUAGAGUAUUAAAUUUGAUAAGACCAAAAAUAGGCACGGGCAAAUGUUAUUAUGCUGGUCUGAUUUUAGCAUUCCGUUAAAAAGGAUUUCAAUAUUCAAUUUGUGCAAGUAUUUAAUAUUGUUACUAGGUGGAUCUAUAAGUGCAGCACAGGCUGCAUGUGCUGCCUGCUGACUUGUGCCACACAGAUCCCUUACCACAGGAGAAAAUCAGCAGCUCCUGCUUGGUAGAGGUGACUACACUCCCUGCUGGGCCUCACCUUUAUUUAGCAGGGCAGCAAGUUCUCAGGUGGACAUGCUUUCUGUUUGACAGUAGAAAGGAGGAAUAGAGUUGGCCUCUUUGGGAAAAUCCUGUAAGUGACCAAAAUAGGGUAAUUUCCCAUGGGUGAAAUCUGCAAGUGUGCUGGCCUGUGGUUAGAGGCCCUGUUUGACUUGGGGCUCCCAGCAUAUGGUUAACUCCACUAUCUUCCUUUCUUUUCAGUGUGGUCUCAAAAAAUCAUGAUCUUAAGAGGUCUUUUAUAGAAUCUGAGCACCUUUCUGACUGGGAUCAUAAAGAAAAAGGCACCUCCUUAUAUAAUUUAACCCACCUCCUGACCCUGAAAAAGCAACCCAACAAACCAAAGCCAAAAGAAAAUAAUUUUCUAGCAUCUUAAGAUGCAAAUAUCCCAGCAGAUGGUUGGGCUAAGUGUCAGACUCUUCUGAAGGGAAACACAAGGAAAUGCAGGAAGAAAAGGAUGUGGCCAUGAGGGUAAUACUGGGCUGAUCCUCAAUUUUUGUGGAAUCACAGCUUCAGUACUCUUUUCACUGGAGCUUCCUGUGGAGAAAUUACAAAUACCAUUCUUUUUAGUUAUAGCUUGCUCAACCCAGGAAUUCACAGAUACCAAAAAAUAUCUCAGCAUUGCACAUUAAAUAUAUGGCUCAACAAGAUAUUUAAAGUUCCUGUGAGGUGUUAGCUGCUCUUGACAGAAAUGAGAGGAACAUUUAGGGAUCAAGUGGUUUGUGUGAUCAAACACUUAAUUAAGAUUUUCCUUUUACAGCUUCAAAGACACUAAGAUUCUCUAAAAUAAUAAAAACACUUGUUUGUUUUCCAGAUCACAGACACUUUCCCUGUUAUAUUUUUUAAUCUUGCCUGGGUUUCUCUGUCAUUAAAACCUCAGAGAGGAGCCAAAAUAAACUGAGAAUAUUCAGGAUUUCAUGCAGUGAGGACCUAAAGAUUGAUUGCAUUUCUGUACUUCCACAUAAUCACUGCAUGACAGACCCCCCCCCCCACUGAUUUACACUCACAGUGGUUGAAAAUAAGCUCUGAGAUAAUGAGCUAAAAAUCAGAGGCAGAGGGCCACUGAAGCAGAGUUGAACUUGCCCUGGUAUUAAGUAUACAUAGCCAUAAUCUGCUGCUGAAUUGGAAGGCCCAGGGGAAAUAAGUGAUUUGUUGAUUUCACCCUAGAUGUGUUAAAAUAUGCUAAUGUUUUUCCAGAUGGUACUUAUAAAAGCACAUCAGACAUCUCAUCUAGGUGAAUCAUAUUCCUUAGUAAAUAGAAUAACAGUGCUACCACCUGUAUUUUGACAAAAGUUUGAAAAGCUUCCAGUCUGAGAUCCCGCAUUCCUUAACAAACCUAUAUGCCUAAAUCAACUCCAUUGACUCCUAGCAUCUCAGCAGCACUGAUAUUUUAAAUAUUCUGUUUAUUAAUUAAGGUAGGAAAGUCCAUCUCAAGUUAGCACCUGAACAAGAAAAACAUUGUUUGUUGUAAAAUAAAAAUGAAGUAAAAUGUCCCUGGGAAUUGUAGACGUUGUUUAAAAAGAAGUAUUUUGACAUUUUCCCCCAAUAAAGAUAUUUUCUGAUGAA